CGUGCCACAGGUGCCGCGCCGACUUAUUUCAGGCCAAUUGAACAAUUUCUGGACGGGGGCUUAAUCUCCAAUAAUCCAACCUUGGACAUGCUGACUGAGUUACAGGAGCUUCAUAUGGUUCAGCAACUCCGAGUGAUGUCAUUCACUUUUCGUACUGCCAUACUUUCAAGAUCAACUGUAAAUAACGGUGAGCACCAACGCUGCUGGAAGCAAUUUACUGUUAUGGACAGCAUUCUAGAAGACGCCCUAGUGUGUCAUCAAAUAAUAAGUAAUUUUGCCAAGAACGAAACUUAA